GGGGACCACCUUCUAUUUUCCCCAACAGCCCAGUGAAUGGCCCUCUUCUGGGUCCUCAAAGCCAUACUGGGAGAACUGGAAAAUCCAGUUACCCAGCUUCCCUCUCCCAUUUCCCCCCCAAACACUUAUGCUAAGGAUUGAGUGGAGUAUAGAAAGGCAGCCCUGGUAAGGAGAAGCCAGCUGAGGCUUCAGACAUCUCUUCUGUCCAUCAGAGAAGCAAGAAGUGAGGUGGCCACAAUGGGGGCCAGGCUGCCCUUCUUCCUCUUCCUGACACUCCUGAGCAGCUCACAGGGAACAGGCCCAAGAAUGAUUUUGCAGCUGAAGCUGAAGGACUCCCUUCUAGCAAAUUUCUCCUAUGAUUCCAGCUUCCUGGAAUUGCUCGAAAAGAGCCUCCAUUUCUUCACCUGCAAAGUGGGAAUGAUAGUACCUGAUGCUUGGACUGUUGUGAGCAUUACAUGGAGAAGCUACGUAGGGUACAUGGGCAGGGACUCAGGAGCCCAGGACCCAUCUCACCUCGGGGCCGGGCCUUUGUGAGCUGGUACAUGGCUCGGAGAGCCCUCAGUGCCUGCACGGCCUCUUGGACCCGGGAGAAGCGCUGUUCCAGCUCAGGCUGGUGCCAGUGUUCCUGGAGAUGAAGACCCAGAGCUGAUAAGCAGGCCCCUGGGAGACUUGAUAUCAGCUCUCCUGGCUCUACUCUCCACCUGACCACCCUGAUCUGCUAAGGGCAACAUACUCUCUCCUCUCCACCACACACAAAAUUCACCACCUCAAGGAACAGAACCCAGCAAAACCUGGGGUACCAUCUAAGGACGUCUUAGUUGAUGUUUGUGUUGAUGUCUGUUAAUUGUUCUGGUCAAAUAUACCAAACAACCAAAAGUAAGUUGGAAUUUAAACCGUAUCAUUCAAAACUCACAAAACCAAAUAAGCAUAAAGAAAUUUAAAUAAUUAAACUUUAAAAUUA